AUGGCCCAAAGGCCACCAAAUAUGCGUUACGAAAUUUGUGCCAGCAGUGAAGAAUCAAAAGUGCUGCUCGAAACAACACAGGACGUCAACGAGCAGAUAUAUAUGGUUCGGAAAUUAAGGCGACAGCGCUCUGCAAACCUGACCCCGUCGGAGAAGACUUGGAUAGACAGUGCAAUUGAAAACACCAGCAAUGCCGUCAGUGGCAUCACUCAUUUCGUGGAGCCGGUGCCGGAAAGUCCACCUGCCGGGCGUCAAUGGAUGCCGGGUCCUUCAUUCUUGCAACAGCUAAAAUACCUUAUCAAGGACUCUCCUCAACUUUCGGCCCAACUCGUCCGGUUGUCGGUGGCAGCUCAGUUGCUCAGUACAGCGAUGAGUGUUCUCUCUGCCUGUGUAACUGUCACGUCUGAAGGUCAGGUGAGGUCCACGGGCGCUGGGACGAACACUGUCGACUCGUCCUGGAACGAGCUCAGCGAAUUUAUCCACCGGAGGCGAUUCAACAGUACGCCUUCUCUUGCAGGUGAUAAGCGGAUACCUCCCGCCCAUGGAGCUCAAAGCGGAUCACCCCAAUCAUGGAACAAUGUUCAACCUGAAGAGCGGAGUCCAACCGAGGAUCAAUGGUCCGAAAGUAGCCCUGCCGCUUCCGCCAGAUCGUCAGGUUCAGCAACUUGCCAAACCCAAACAAGCAGUGAUGGCUUGAAGGGCCCCAUUGCAGUGUCACCACCAGUUCAGCCAGGGAGCCAAAAAUGCACCACACGCUCCGCUGAGAUGACUGAUCGUUAUGAUAUGGAUCACGGCCUAACACUUAUCAUUGAGACAGUUGAGGAAUGGCGACAGACAACUGAACGCGCACUCAAUGAUAUCAAUGCUCUCAGCCGGGCACUCACUUCGGGCAUGAUGGACCGUUCGAUUUCGAUACUACGUCGGACCCAGCCUCUGAGAACUCCUGAGGGUCAAGUCCCUUUUCAAAAGCCAGUGCCAGCGCGAACUUUAUCUCCUCUACCUCCAAGACCAAUCAUAGAAUUAUCCUUGCGAAAUAGCUUCGACAAAGAGUCUCUUCCCCACGACAACUACAAGACUCCCAUCCCAGGCGCAAGAUUUCUUGUUCUUCUGAAAAUACAUCCCAAACAUCCAUUUCCACACUUUCAUCCACGCCAUAUAGGAUUUCAAGAGGACGUGCUUGGCUGGAAAGAAGAGCAGAAUCCUUUGGAGCGGAAAUGGAUGAGACUUGCACACCUGAAAAAUGAACUCAAGUUCCAGAGCAAUCAAUCAAUCCUUCGUCUCAAUCGAUAUGUCGUCUGA